UAGUGUGGUCACUUCUCACCUCUUCAGUUACUGUGCCGUGUCUCUGGUCUGUGUAACUUCGGCAAGGCAAUGGGUGGAGGAAAGCAUCUGCUGCUUCUAGCAGUCUUCCUGCACUUGGCACGAUGUCAGGGCCAGCCACAAGCGUUUAUAACACCUCCGCACACGCAUAUCUUUGUUGGGGAUUUAUUGUAUUUGCACUGUAAUGUAUCAAGUGGGACCACAGUGAAAUGGUACAAGAACAACGUAGAAGAAAAGCAGACAAACAAUACCUGGAAGAUUGCAGUUGCAACCCCUGCACACUCAGGCUCUUACCAAUGUGAGAGCAAUGGGCAAAAGAGCGACAAAUUACCCAUCAAUGUCCUGAACUACGAGCCCAGGGCUUCCCUCACCGUCAAGACAGGCCAUCCAGUGAUGCGGACUGGAAGUUCAGUUGUCCUCCAGCUGGACCAUGAGGAUGGUCUGGAAGGAUGGUUAUGCUGGGUCAGCAGGGGUCAGAAGGUGAAGAAGAGGAUUAAGCUGAAGCUAAAGGACGGCGAUAAGACCAUAUCCUUUCAACCCAACAGACUUGACGUGCCUGAGACCAUUUUCUGGUGUACUGAUAAAAGUCAACAAAGCAGGAGUAACCAACAAGUAAUAAGGACUACAGGGAAGGCGAUAUCGCUGGAAAUGUAUCCCCACCCUGCUAUAACUGGGGAGAAUCUGAGGCUGAAGUGCCUUGUCUGGGGCACAGAUAGAAUUGAGCAAGUUACUUUCUACAAGGAAAGCGUUGAAAUUGAAAACAAAAAGGGGGGUUCUCCCCUUGACUACAGCCCUGCGACACAAUCAACAGAGGGGAAAUAUAAGUGUGAUGCCACCUUCACAUAUGUGGGGAACACUGGCGGGCCACAAGACCAUGUAGUCUCUGACAUGCAAGAUGUAUUUGUACAUGAACCUCCUAUCAGGGCAGUUAUGGUCGGCGACUCAUGUUCUUGCCCGGAUUGUGACAGUGACUCGACCAUGUCCUAUCGCUAUUACAAGAAGACAGGUCAGACAUGGGAACGUAUGGAAUCCAUGGAAGGGAGCGGUUCUUAUGCAUGUAGAGCUGUAAUGGAGUACAUGAGGACUGCACACAGUAAAACCUACAUCUAUACGCCUGAGGGGUCCUCCAUGAGUGGGACUUUGAUUGUGAUUUUGAUUGUGGUUGGGAUUGCCAUGGCCCUGAUUGGAGUUGUGAUGUGGCGCUGUAACAAACGUAGGAUGAGAAAUAUUGAUGGAGCAAUUUACGAGGAUGUGCAGAUGAAGCAACGAGGCGAAGGUGAUGACAAAUAUGAAGAGCUAAAGCGGGCUGGUGCUAAGGAGGGCGAGUAUGACACCCUUAACACAGAAGCACAGGGCGGAAAGAAAAAAGAGGGCGAAUAUGAUGUACUGAAUAAGGAGCAAAUGAAAGAUGGGGUAUACCACACAUUGGGGGCAGAGGGGUCAUCAGGAGGAGGAGAAGGGGGGUACGAAGCAUUGAAUAAAGCUGGAAAGCAAGAGGGUGUAUAUCACACUCUGGGGGCAGAAGGGCCAUCAGGAGGAGGAGAAGGGGGGUAUGAAGCGUUGAAGAAAGCUGGAAAGCAAGAGGGUGUAUACCACACUCUGGGGGCAGAAGGGCCAUCAGGAGGAGGAGAAGGGGGGUACGAAGCGUUGAAGAAAGCUGGAAAGCAAGAGGGUGUAUACCACACUCUGGGGGCAGAAGGGCCAUCAGGAGGAGGAGAAGGGGGGUACGAAGCGUUGAAGAAAGCUGGAAAGCAAGAGGGUGUAUACCACACUCUGGGGAAGGAGGGGGCAGCAGGAGAAGGAGAAGCAUUGAAGAAAGAGGGAAUGAAAGGGGAUGACCAGACUAUAGGGGGCGCUGCUGGAGGAGAGGGGUAA